CUCCAUUUCGUAGCGGUCCAGCACUGAAACGACGAAUCCUCAAGUGACCUUUUUGAUUUGAAGAAACUGGGCCGUGUAUAUGUGAAAAACACCACUCUCAGUUUUAACGAAGAACGCACUUUGAAUAAUCUGCUAUGGCCUUUGUAUGUUGGAAGCGCAUGUUAAUUUUGUUGGUGGCGAUAGGGAUACUGAUGGCGCACUGCCAAAGACUUGAGGACAGUCUGGCCGAGGAGGAAACUCAACAGAUCGAGAGGAACUCAAGGGAAAUCGAUGACGAUGCAUCAGCUGAUGGCCUGGCUGUGUCUGAUUACUGGACCAAAAUUGGCGGAUCCAUGAUCCGUCCUUCGGUUGGUCGUUGUGGAGUCUGGGGAGUUAACAUUUUUUUUUCUGUGUAUUAUCGCCGUAACACCUACGAUAACCCGAAAAGUUUGGGUGACGGGUGGCUUGGGGUUUUAAAUGACAAACCGAUUAAAAUCAGGCAAGUAAGUGUAGGCUACAAUACAGUUUGGGCGCUUGACCAAUAUUAUAAACCGUAUUAUCGAGAAGGCAUAACUGCCUCUGAACCUACGGGGACUAAAUGGGUGAAACUGUCCGACAAAACGCGGGUGAAGUACAUCAGCGUAACUCAGAAGGGUCAUGUUUGGGGUCUAUCAGAGAGAGACGAACCCAUUUUUCGUAAAGGGGCGAGUAACACCAACAUCGCCGGAAGUGAGUGGCAAAAAGUUCCCGGAUCGAGAAUGCAAAGCAUAAAGGCAGGUGAAGCAGGUGUGUGGGGUAUCAACUGGGGGUUGCCAGAGAAUAACCAACUUUGGUACAGGAAGGGUACCUACGGCGACCCAGACACCAAUACAAUUGGGUCUGAGUGGUUGGCUGUUGGAGGGGUAUUUUCAUACAUCAGCGUAGGGGAUCAAAGGGUGUAUGGAACAAAUUAUACCAGCGAAAUUUUCUACCGUAGUGGGAUAUCGGCUACAGUGCCAACUGGUGACAAGUGGGUAGAAACAGAUACUGGUGUCAGAGGGUUAAGUGAGCUGGCGUACCUGAAAGACACUCUGUGGGCUAUUGACUACAACAGAGCGAUACUCGCCAAGAUUGUAACCUAGUUCUUCAACUGGGCACUUUAAAUACAAUAUGAACACUAAACCAUGGUCUCAUGUGCGGCCCUAUUUAAAUUUGAGAGAAUUCUUUCACAUGAGCAGUGAUUGGGUGGCGGGUGUUUUUGAGAAUUCGAUAAGAUCAAGUGCGAUAUCAUGCGUGCAUCAUGUGUGAUAUCAUGAGCGUAUCUUGCAAUAAGCUCAUGGAGGAAUUAUUCCAUGAUACACUGUACAUUUUCACAGAUCCACUUUAAAAAAAUUUCAUCUGCUUCACAGUUAAGACUAUGCUUCCAACUCAGAUUGAAAACGUCUUGAAUCAUGUUCCGAUUUUUUUUAGUCCAUUGCAUUAAUUAAUUAAUGUAAAUGGUUAGAGAAAUUCACAUUAAGGUUUUAAUCAAUGCUAAUUUUAAUUUAUGUCUUGUGAUUCAUAUCAUGUUGUGGCUAAUUAAAGUCUUAUUAUGCAUCCAUAAAUGUGAAUUGGUAUCAUUCAUAGAAAGAUUAAUUACAUUGGCUGAUAAGUAUGAGUAUUAUUCUUCAAACUUUGAAUUAUAAGUUUUUUGUAUAAGGUUUAAUUAUGGAAACUCUCUUAUAAUACAGUUUUGAACCUGGUAAUAUUCAUGAAAACCAUGUCCAAACACCGCUUAUUUUUCAAAUUUAAACAAUGGGAGAACUUGUUGGUUUUGUUCAUUUCCCGAACGUGUCCCGUUCAGGCAUAGAUCGAUCUCCACUACUGUAUGAGUUUCAUUGUUUGAGAAAUCUUCUGAAUGAAGUAUAUAAUAUAAAAUUUGUGCUUGCCUUAAACCGAAAACAUUGUUCCUACGAUGAGGGUGUUAUUCCGGACUAAAUAUUUUAUUUAUCCAUAGUUUCUGAGAUAUGAAAACACUGAAAUAUUUAUCAUCUGAGCACAGCAGAGUAAAAUAACAUGCACAUCAAAACUCACAACGCAAAUUUAUACAGAACCAAGCGCGAAUAAACUACAAGGGUAAGGGAACCAGUCUACUCAGUGGCACACAGUUGUGGGGAAUCCCCGAAUGAGAAACAUGUUUUCAAGUCUUGACUGGCUCCCGGUCCCUACAGUAUCAGUCGGACUACGUAGAGGGAUUGUAGUGAGAAAUGAAUUUCGUAGUUAUUCCCCAGGGUUUAUGUUAAUUUUGAAAUAGCAUUUGCUCUCACCGUGCAAUGCAUAAUCAGUAGGCCCUAUGUCAACGUAUUAAACAUUUUGCUUUUUCUUCUUUAUAAUUGGGGCACAUAUUCAUUAA